AUGUUACUCGCAAGUAACUAUGAGAGGACAGUGAAGAAAUGGCCAAUUGGAUCGAUGACCCAGCAAAGUGUGAUGGCGAGGAGAAAUGAAGGGAACAGAAUGAGCGAAUCAAGCAAAGGUACUGCAGGUGCGGAUGGACAACCCACGGGUUGA